AUGACCCUCGCCUCUCCUCUUCGUCCCGCCACGCCCUUCACCCUAACACCCUCGGAACACCCUCACCCUGUCAUCACCACCAGGUCAACGCGUCCUCAGCUGCGGGUGGACUCUGGCCCCUGCCACCUCACCCCGAAACCCAGUCUGCUGAACCCUGAUAGCCCACCCCCACCCCCAGCCACCUCACCCCGAAACCUUAACACCCCCACCCCCUGCCACUUCACCGCGAACCCCUGCCUGCUAAACCCUGCCACCUUAUCCCCACCCCCUGCCACCUCACCCCCAAUCCCUGCCACCUCACCUCCAAACCCUGCCACCUCACCCCCAAACCCUGGCACCUCACCCCGAAACCUUGCCUGCUAA